AUCAAACAGCCGGUGAUCGCUCAUUUAGCUGCAUCUACAACUAGUCACUGCACCAGAUUCACUAAAUUCAGUGCCCAACGUUGGCCUGAAAUCCUCUGUGGAAUUUCUGCAACUUUCCCAGUUGAAGAUGCACGUGGUUACCAUGGUUGCGCUGUGGAGCCUGGUGCGGGCGGUGGUGCCAGAGUGCCAGCUGGUCAACAUCAGCAUCCCCGUGGAGAUGGAAAAUGGCCGAUGCUGCUACAUGGAGACCCAGGGGUGUGCUGGCCUGUGCUCAAACACGGCACCUGUGUACAGGAGUCCCUCAGGGAAGCAAAACGCGGAGGUGAGCUGCCACUUCCAGGAGUGGACCUACGAGACCCGCCGCGUUCCCGAGCAAUGCUACUCCGGGUCGGAGCUGCUCCUGCUGACGGUGCCGAAGGCCCUCAGCUGUAAGUGCAGUACCUGCAACACCAACCACUACGACUGCAGCCCCCUCAGCCCCGAGCAGGUGUGCCGUCCCUCCGAACCCCCCCUGCUGCCGCACCACCUAUGAGGGCGGGAUUGGGACACUGGAGGCACUUCUCCACUCGAUUGGUGUGCCACUGCUGAUGUCAGCUGUGGAAAGUGUGCCCCCUAGUGGUCAUUCAGCAUACUGUUGCUGUUCCUAACGC